CUAAUAUGACUCUAGAGAAAAGAACAGUCAUCUAUGUAAAACAACCAAAGUUAAUUUGUCAUCCCCCUGACUGAGACACACAGUCCGGUUUCCUCCCCCCACCUUACGUGCUUCUUGCCUGCGUGCGCGUUACAUUUGAGAUUCCGCUUCCCGUGUCCGUGGGGAGCCGAUGCUGGACUAUAAACAGUCUCGGGGUGCGUGUCGCUCCUCAGUCGCAGUCGACUCGAGCACCAGAGCUGACUGUUAGAACAGAUAGCAGCUCACGCACAGGCUAACUCGCUCUCGGUUUGGAUUUUGGGAUGGAAACUCGUGCGGCUGCGCGGAGCGCUCGCGUCUCCAAUACUCUUAGAUUCAAGAGUGGUUUGUCUCUUUGGUUGAUGAUAUGGUUGUUGGCAUGCCGCUGUGCACCGGGUCAGGCAUGUCCCAGGUUGUGUGUAUGCUACCAUAUGCCCAUGACUGUGAGCUGUCAGUCUCAGAACUUCACUGCUGUUCCUGCCGGAGUGCCCUACGACUCCCAGCGCGUUUUCUUGCAAAACAACCGUAUCACUGAGCUCAGAGCCGGCUCCUUUGGCUUCGAAACACAGGUCCUAUGGCUCUACUCCAACAACAUCACAAUUAUCGAAGCAGGUGCAUUCAGUAAUCUGCGUGUACUAGAGGAACUAGAUUUGAGUGUCAACCCAUCACUGCGCAGGCUGGAUGGGGGUGCGUUCAGGGGGCUGGAGCGCUUGCAGAGUCUACACAUGCACCGCUGCCACUUGACCGAGUUGCCCGCUGACCUAUUCCACAAGCUCUACAGCUUGCAAUUCCUCUACCUGCAGGAGAACCAGCUGAGCCACCUUCCAGAUGGCCUCUUUUCCGACUUGGUCAACCUCACCCACCUGUUCCUGCAUGGCAAUCGUAUCCGUAUCCUGUCUGAAAAUGCCUUCCGCGGCCUGGUGAAUCUUGACCGCCUGUUGCUGCAUGAUAACCGCAUCCGACAAGUCCAUCGGCGAGCCUUCCGUGACCUGGGCAGACUGACCAUCCUCUAUCUCUUCAACAAUUCUCUGCAGGAGCUUCCAAGCCAGUUGUUAAAGGAUACGUCGUCGAUGCAGUUUCUCAGGCUCAAUGGUAACCCCUGGACCUGUGGUUGUGAAGCGAUGUCGCUAUGGGAGUGGUUUGGCAAAGCUCGGAUCUCCAGCUCAGACAUAACAUGCUCUUCACCAGCCCCUCGUAAAGGCCAGGACCUGAGGUUCUUGCGGGAGCUGGACUUCGCCCUCUGUCCACUACCUGAACCAGGAUCCCUGGCUGGCACUACAACAACCACCUUCAGCACCAAGACCCGUUGGUGGUUCUCAAAGAACAAACCGGCCUCUUCAUCCAAGAGACACUUUCACAAGAGCAGCGAGACCUUAAAAGCUUCUCCAUUCACCUCUGUCAAACAUUCCUCAUCCUCAUCAUCCUCCUUCUCAUCCAAGUAUGAUCUCACAGUGGAGGAAGCUGCUUUACCCAAGCUAGAGCCUGAAGAGUACUGGGCAAACUAUGGCAAUGAGGAUGCAGCCUCAGUCCACUGUUUCGAGCUUGAAUGUCCACCAGGUUACAACUCUCCCAUUCUUCCAUCUUCCUCUUCGCCUUCUCUACUGUCUUUCCUCUCACUCAUGGCACUUACUUUCUCUUUUCACGUUCUCUUCAGCUGAGUUUUCCACCUCCUCCUCUUCUUCUGUUAUGCUCCACUACAUUUCUCCUGCAAUCGGGCUUAUGCUAAUAAAUGCAUAGAAGCAGCCAUGCAGGAAAGGGUGACAAGACUGGCACACAACAACAAAUACAGUAAACACAACACAAACUGUGCAAUUCAUACAGUACAACAGAGACAGGGCUACUGCAUGCAUGCACUGCCCUGUCAGCAGGCUUUGCAACACCACCUCAAGUCAUGUCCUUCUCAAAAACCAGAGAACACAGGACAAGUAGAGGGGCAAAGAGUAAAAAGUGAGUGUUGUGGAAAAUUAAACUAAAGGUUUCACCAUUGUGAAAAAUGGUGGGGAAAGUUUCUACAUGGAGAGGAAAACUCUCUUGUUGACAAAUGAGCAUACCUGAGUUAUCAAUUUACCUUCACAUCAUCAUAUAAAUAUGAACAUACACAAACUAGACUACUCCUACUUUUCCAACAGGAGACAAAAGAUUACAGAAUAGAUCUCUUGGUAUUUUUGGUGAAUGUUGGGUACUAAACCAGAUACACUAUCACAUACAGUAGCUCCAAAAAGUAUUUAAGCACUUAUGCUACAAUGUCCACAUUUCGAGAAGAACAUUUUACAAAAAGGCUUAUUAGGUUUUAAAUUAUAAAAUAAUAGAGAUAUUGUAUUUGGACACAUUCUGAUUGUUAAAAUGAAAUGUGCGUAGUUGAAGUGAUUAAAUAAAAGCAGAUGCCAUUUGCUUUGAUAAUUUAUUUCCUAAUGCAAUUACAUAUUUAUGCGUGGUUUAAUAUCUACAUAUGUUUGGCCCUACUGUAAAUAAUACGCUGAACAGAUAGCUAAUGGAAGAACUGACUAACAAAGACCAUCACUAAUGUUUUUCAUUUGUUAAAACCAUGUUAAGUACUUUGGUUUGUGUUAGUUAAUCUGAGUUGUGCCACCUGAGUAUCAGAUGAAGUUAGGACAGGAAGUCGAUGUUUAAUUCAAACUGAAGAGCUGCUUGAGGUGAGAGAUCUGUGUUUUCACUGUGUGUAAGAUAUCACAGUCUUUCUCUCUGAGCAAGUUUACAGAAGAUGUCAGACACAAACGGUGUAUUUGUCUAAAAAAACAACAACUUGUAAAUAA